AAGUUAAUAAUAUUCAAAAUUUUCCAGCAAGUUUUGCUCUUGAUUGUGUGAUGCAAUCUUGGUUCUGUGAUGCAACUAACCUUAGGUGUGAUGCUUAAGGGUAUGCCUAAAGAAACCUAGGUGUGACUCCUAGUCUUUUUCUAUCCUUCUCGUUGUUUGUUUUCUAUUUCUUCCUCUUUCCUAUCCUAAACAGACCCUAUUGUACUGUUCACGCAUACUAUUCACAGUAUAUAUUUGCCUAAACAGCCUCAAAAUCCCCAACCCACCAUACCCCUAACCUGUCCCGCAUCAGUGGCUGAGUAUAUGCAGAAUUUUGAUGAGCUAAAGAUCUGCAGUCAAGUUGUGGAAGAUGCCUCACAAGCUGCCUCUUGGUUUAGAGCUGGUCUAAGAGCUGAUAUCAAAAAUGAAUUACUUAGACAGCCUAUUUAUAGUGUUGAAGAUGUAUCCCAAGCAGCACUUAAUGCAGAAGAAUAUAUAAACAACCAGAAUAGUAAGAAAAAUCGGCUCCAAAUAGGGGAGGUAGUAGCAAAAAAGAAUUCUGAUGAAUAUUCAGAGGCUUUACAGUGUGGGGAAGAUGGACAUAUGGCCCAUCAAUGUCAAAGAAGAAACAAUCUGCAUAUGGGAAAAGCACAAGAUGAUGAAAAACAGCAAGUUGAAGAUACUAAAGAAAAUUCCUAUGAUUUUGGAGUUUAUAUGCCUGAUGAUCUUGAAGAUGAUGAAGAUAAUUCCCAUUUAUCUUUUGUUAGGUGCAUCUUAACAGCCCCUAAGACAAGAAGAGCUGGAGUCACUACCACUGAAUUACCUUGCAGCUACAAGAUUGCCACUUCAGCACUUCAAAACUCGAGGUCGAGUUUUCUCCAACAAGGGGAGAAUGAUGAGGAACAAGAAGAAGCUAUUCAAUAGUUAUUUAGAUUAUUUGGAAUUCUUAAGUAAUUAUUUUUAUUCAAGUGUAAUUAUCAUUAGUUUUCUACUUUUAUUAGGAUUUGGUCUUUUAUCAAAAGUCUUAAGUCCUAGUUAAAUUAGAAAUUUUAAAUUUCAAGUUAUAGACUAAUUAGAAUAGGAGUUCUGGUAAGAGUCUUAGUAGUUUCUAUAUAAAUAUGCAUGUAGUUUCUUUCAUUAUUAAGUUAAUAAUAUUCAAAAUUUUCC